AUGAACAUCGUCACAAAGCAGAACACUCCUUCUCAGAUCCCAGUGCCUAUUGAUUUGGAAAAUGAUCUGAUCUUGCUUUCUUAUUCGAGUGGAACCACUGGUGCCCCAAAGGGUGUGAUGCUCAGCCAUAGAAACUAUGCGGCAGCGUUGAUAUCCUAUGUUAUGCGGUAUAACACAGGAGUUUGCAGAAAGUUCGAUGACUCUUAUAAAGCCUUGGGGCUUGAAGGCUUCGUUCCUCCAGAACAUUUGAUGGCGUUUCUUCCUCAAUACCAUGCAAUGGGCCUCUUUGGCACAUUAUUCGCAUUACACAAUGGAACAACACAAAUUACUAUGAAAAAAUUCAACUUGGAGCUACUUCUUCGGCAUCUGCAGGACUACAAUAUCUCCUCACUAGGAGCUGUACCGUCCGUAGUGCUGUCUAUGGCUGAAUCUCCCAUUCUAGACAGUUUUGAUCUCAGCUCACUGAUGAUGAUUGCUACCGGAGGAGCUCCUUUGAGUCUAAAAGUCGUCGAGCGCCUUCAGAAGCGUUUGCCACAUGUGCAAUUAUUUCAAGGAUACGGUAUGACUGAAAUGAGCAUAGCUUCCCAUAUAUCCUCACUCGGUUGUCCUAAUGGCAGUGUUGGACACAUUACCUUCAACGGUAUUUUUAAGGUAAUCUCAAAGACAGGAAAGCUGUGUGGGCCAAGAGAACAAGGAGAAUUGUGGGUGCGUGGACCGCAAGUUAUGAAAGGAUAUUGGAGGAGACCCGAACUCUCGAAAGAUCUUUUUGACAGCGAAGGAUUUAUGCGCACAGGCGACAUCGUGUACUACGACGAUGAUGGAUACACCUUUAUUUGUGAUCGUGCUAAAGAACUGAUCAAGGUUCAUGGGAAGCAGGUUUCUCCAACAGAGCUUGAGGAUGUACUCUUGGCUCACCCAGAGAUAACAGAUUGCUGUGUGGUUGGUAUUCCGGACGAUACAUAUGGGGAAGUACCUCUUGCCUUUAUCGUUGCUAAAUCCAUCAAUGAAGAAAACAUUCAUGCCUAUAUCAAAGAACGGCUUGCACCAUACAAGCGAUUACGAGGUGGUAUCCAAUUUUUGGACGCGAUACCAAGGACACCAUCUGGAAAGACCAUGAAGAGAUUCUUGAAGGAUGACUAUCUAAAGACGGUGAAACAUUUGCAUAAGAGCAGUCUUUGA